CAUUGUCGUCGACCGAAACACGUUUCCUUGCAAUCAGCUGGAAGUGCUUGCAUCUUACUGUAAAAUAGAAGUCUUACUGCAAAUUAAAAGUCGGCAACUUUCGGUCUGUAGUUCGUUUAGCCAUUGUUUACAAAUUGUACAAGUGUUUACAUCGGGUGCGAAUUGCAUCAGUAAUUGAAACUACAAACUGAAAAUACAAACCGACAGAACCAUAUAGACCAUCGUACUGAAAGUCGAGUUAAUAACAUUUCCCUGUGGGUAUUUUGUCUCAGAUUACCUCCGACAUAAGCACAAAAUCAGCGGACACCAGGUAAAAUGCAGCAGUGCACAGUAGUCAGUGCAUCCGGCGAUCGUGUCCCACUAGCGGAUGGCCGAGCCGUGAUCCUAGGUCGUGGUCCAGAGACUGGAGUUGUUGACAAGAAGUGCUCCCGACACCAGGUGAAGCUGGUGGCCUGUUAUGCAGACAAGGAGGUACUUGUAACACAGCUUGGUCCAAACCCCUCUUCCUUGGGCAGUGAGAGUCUUGGUAGAGGCCAGUCUGGCAGACUGACCCAUGACAGCACCCUCUACCUGGUCAACCAGAGCCACCCCUUCAGAGUGCAGUUCUCUGCUUCCAACAAAACCUCCUCAUCCUCUGCCCAGAAGGGGAAGGCUGUAGAAAGGUUGAAAGCGCCGGAUAAGACAAAAGGCGGAAAGAAUGACAGAGGGAGGGAGAUUCAGAGCACAGGUCCCAAACGCAGCAUCAAAUAUUUUUUUGCUUCCUCUCCCAAGAAGGCAUCCAAGAGGCCGCACAGUUCUGAGGAGGAACCGCAGGAGAAGUGUCAGAGGACUGCGGGCUCAGACAGUGAGGACGAGGAUGAAAAGCUUGCUGAGGAGAAGCUCCGACAGCUCCAGGAGAUGUCAGAGAGGGCUUCAGGGGCUAGCAGAGACAGUGUCCAGCAGCAGGCCUCAGCUUGUUCUCAAAGCAACUGGCAGGAGAUUGGAAACCUCAUGCUCUACACUGCUGCUGGCGUCACUGGAAGCACCAAGAUUGCUGGAUUCGACAUUGACGGCUGUAUCAUCACCACCAAUUCUGGCAAAGUGUUUCCCACCAGCCCAGAUGACUGGAGGAUUCUCUUUCCUGAGAUCCAACCCAGACUGGCCAGCUUAUUAAAGAAAGGCUACAAGGUUGUGUUCUUCACCAAUCAGAUGGGUAUCUCUAGGGGGAAACUGAAACCUGAGGAUUUCAGGUCUAAAGUGGAGAACAUUCUGAAGAAAUUACAGCUCCCCGUACAGGUCUUUGUGGCGUCUGGUCCUGGGAUCUACAGGAAGCCAGUGAUGGGGAUGUGGGAGCACCUGUGUGAGAAGGCAAAUGGCGGUGUGGCUGUAGACAAGAGCCAGAGUCUCUAUGUGGGAGAUGCAGCGGGACGCCCUGUUAACUGGGCUCCUGGCAAGAAGAAGAAGGACUUCUCCUGCAGUGACCGACUGUUUGCUCUGAACCUUGGCCUGCAGUUCCAAACUCCAGAGGAGUUCUUCCUGGGCUGGAAGAGCGCCCCCUUCAGUCUUCCUCCAUUUGACCCUAGGAAAUGUGACUCCAACGCCCGUCUGUAUGACCCGCCCAGUGCCUCCCUCACCUCCACCAAGCAGGAAGUCAUCAUUGCUGUGGGUUUCCCUGCUUCCGGGAAAUCAACCUUUUUCCACACACACAUCGUCCCCAAAGGUUACGUGUACGUGAACAGGGACACCCUGGGCUCGUGGCAGAGCUGUGUAUCGGCCUGUGAGCGGGCUCUGAAGGAGGGCCGCAGCGUUGUGGUGGAUAACACCAACCCAGACCCUGAGUCUCGCAAACGGUAUAUUGAUGUCAGCCAGAGUUUGGGGGUGUCCUGUCGCUGCUUCAACUUCUCUGCCUCCCUAGAGCAGGCCAAGCACAACAACAGAUUCCGUGAGAUGGCCCCCUCCACCACUAAGCACCUCAAAGUCAAUGACAUGAUCUUCCACAGUUACAAGAAGAAGUUUGUGGUGCCCAGUCUCUCGGAAGGCUUUUCAGAAAUCCUGCAAGUUCAUUUUGUCCCAACCUUUACAGACAGCCAAUCAGAGGCUCUCUUCAGGCAGUUCUCUGAAGGCUGAUUGGGUGGCUGGCAUUCUAACAGUAUUCUAACCUAAGAUUUGUCAGAUUGUUAUUGGUGCAGAGUCAUUUCAGGAAAAUAAUCUAGCAGUCGUACCAGUCCAACAUUUUUCUAUGCUGUGGCUGUAUGUAGACAAACUAUUUAGUUACCUGCUGCUAAUCAACAAAUCAUUGCUAUUGCACUACAUACAUUUGAAGGUACAGAUGUAUUAAAUGUAACCACAGCAGACAGAACACAUCAGUAUUUUUCUUUGAUUGGCUUGAGUUUCAUAUUUUCAUAUCAUGUUUUCUUGUCAGAUAUACAGUACUUGUUUCCAGAAAGCCAAAAAAGUAAAAAACCAUUAGCAAUGUUUUAUUAAUUUUAUAUUUUAAUAAAUUGUUAUUAAUUUGA